GAGAAGGAGGGAGCUCGGUGUCUCGGCUCACUCCCCAGACAAGCAUCACUGCACUGAAGCAGGCGAGCGCGUUUGCAGGAGGGCCAUCGGCGACUGCAGGCGUCUCUUUCUCACUCUCUUCCUCGGAACGCAGCAAGGACGAACCGCACAGCUCUGCUUUUCACUGCGGCGCGCGCGCUCGGUGUCUGCGCCAGUUCUCGGAUCAGCGCAGAUGGGAACGGAUCUGAUCAUUUAUCCCCGUUAAACGCUUCAUCUUCGGCCUGGAAUGCAUUAAUAUUGUUCUUACUCUACUUUGGCGGUCGCCCUUUUUAUGCUGCGUCCAGUUUUAGAGACAUUAGAGAGAGACAAAAGGAUAUUCCGAUCAUCAUUGGCCCGAGCGGGGCUCGUGCCGUGUUCCUCCUGCGCUAGGGCCCGGAUGUGGUAAGGAUGCACUGGUUCGUUUUCUUCUUCAGCUCCUGCGAAUAUUUCUUCCCGCUUUUUAGCUCCAUCAUGGGAAUAAGGUAAUAUUCACUCAUCCCACAGAAGGGGCAACUCGAAUGUCUUCGUCCUCCUUCCUUCCUCUUUUUCAUUUUCUUUCCAAUUUUGGGAUGCUUUCCUUCCGCCCCCCUUUUCAUUUUACAGCCUUUUUUGCUUUUUUCACUUUACCGAUACAACAGCUGGGCUGCGCCUCUGUGCACUGAGAGCAAAACAUGUACAUACCGGAGGAAACCCAGGAAAACCAUCAAGGUUCUAACUACACCAGCCCAUCUCUGGUUAUGGUGUCUAAUGUGAGUGAGCAGGAGCACAGUGUUAGUGUUAGCAAAGGUGGCAUGGUAGGUCUGGCACCAGAACACAUCCCAACACCAAAUGCCGCCCUCAGCUGGCAGGCAGCUAUCGAUGCAGCACGUCAGGCCAAGCUGAUAAGGAGUGCAGCAGCAGCACCCAUCUCCACAGCAAGUUCUACGCAGCAACAGCGUCAGCACUACAGCAAGCCCAAGAAACAGACGAGCACAGUGGCCACGCGGCCCCCGCACUCCCUCCUCUGCCUUACCCUCAAAAACCCCCUCCGACGAGCCUGUAUCAACAUCGUGGAGUGGAAACCCUUUGAAAUCAUCAUUUUAAUGACUAUUUUUGCUAACUGUGUUGCCUUAGCUGUCUACAUUCCCUUCCCUGAGGAUGACUCCAAUGCCACCAACUCCAAUCUGGAGCAAGUGGAAUAUCUCUUCCUUAUCAUCUUUACAGUGGAAGCAUUUCUGAAGGUCAUCGCAUAUGGGCUGCUAUGUCACCCCAAUGCCUAUUUAAGGAAUGGCUGGAAUCUGUUGGAUUUCAUCAUUGUGGUUGUAGGGUUGUUCAGUGCUAUAUUAGAACAGGCCACAAAAGGAGAUGGAGGGACACCUAUCGGAGGGAAGGCAGCAGACUUUGAUGUGAAAGCCCUGCGUGCUUUUAGAGUACUGAGACCCCUACGAUUGGUGUCCGGCGUUCCCAGUUUACAAGUAGUGUUGAACUCCAUAAUUAAGGCCAUGGUUCCUCUGCUGCACAUUGCUCUGCUUGUACUCUUUGUGAUCAUCAUCUAUGCCAUCAUCGGCCUAGAGCUCUUCAUGGGGAAGAUGCACCGCGCAUGCUUUAUCUUCAAAAAUGGACACAGAGGGCCUAUAGCUGAGGAGAAGCCUGCACCUUGUGCCGCAAAUAAUGCCCAUGGGCGGCACUGCACCCCACCCAACAUCACUCAGUGCAUGAUGGGAUGGGAGGGACCAAAUGAUGGCAUUACAAACUUUGAUAACUUUGCGUUCGCCAUGCUGACAGUGUUUCAGUGCAUCACUAUGGAGGGCUGGACUGACGUCCUCUAUUGGAUGCAGGAUGCUAUGGGCUAUGAGCUUCCCUGGGUCUAUUUUGUCAGUCUCGUCAUCUUUGGAUCCUUUUUCGUUCUAAAUCUGGUUCUUGGGGUAUUGAGUGGAGAGUUCUCUAAGGAACGUGAAAAGGCAAAGGCACGUGGAGAUUUCCAGAAGUUACGAGAAAAGCAACAACUUGAAGAAGAUCUUAAGGGCUACCUGGAUUGGAUCACUCAGGCUGAGGACAUUGACCCAGAGAAUGAUGAGGGACUGGAUGAUGCCAAACCCAGAAACUUGAGCAUUCCAGCAAGUGAGAGUGAGUCCGUGAACACCGAUAUCCCUCCCACUGGAGAUUUAGAGGGAGAACCCUGCUGUACCCACCUAGUAAAUAGGAUCUCCAAAUCCAAAUUCAGUCGAUAUUCUCGUCGCUGGAAUCGUCUGUGCCGGCGUAAAUGUCGGGCUGCUGUGAAGUCGAAUGUCUUUUAUUGGCUGGUUAUUUUUUUUGUGUUCCUGAAUACUCUAACCAUUGCCUCGGAACACCAUAAACAACCACAAUGGCUGACUGAUGUACAAGAUAUCGCCAACAAGGUUCUCCUAGCUCUCUUCACUGGAGAAAUGCUUUUGAAGAUGUACAGUUUGGGACUGCAGGCGUAUUUUGUCUCACUUUUUAAUCGCUUUGAUGGUUUUGUGGUGUGUGGUGGGAUACUAGAGACCAUCCUGGUGGAGACGAAGAUUAUGUCCCCUCUAGGCAUCUCAGUGCUGCGUUGUGUACGCCUGCUGCGCAUCUUCAAAAUCACCAGGUACUGGAACUCUCUCAGCAACCUGGUAGCAUCUUUGCUGAACUCUGUGCGCUCCAUCGCCUCCCUGCUGCUGCUACUCUUCCUUUUCAUCAUUAUUUUUAGUUUGCUUGGCAUGCAACUGUUUGGUGGGAAAUUCAACUUCGAUGAGACACGUCGGAGCACAUUUGACAACUUCCCCCAGUCAUUACUCACAGUCUUCCAGAUUUUGACUGGAGAGGACUGGAACUCAGUAAUGUAUGAUGGGAUUAUGGCCUAUGGUGGACCAUCAUUUCCUGGCAUGCUUGUGUGCAUCUACUUCAUCAUUCUCUUCAUUUGUGGAAACUACAUCCUCCUGAAUGUAUUCUUGGCCAUUGCUGUAGACAACCUUGCAGAUGCAGAGAGUCUGACAUCAGCUCAAAAAGAGGAAGAAGAAGAGAAGGAGAGGCGGAAGCUGGCCAGAAUGGCUAGUCCGGAGAAGUGGCAAGGCAAUGAGAAACUUCCAGUUGAGAAAAAAGAGGAAAAGAUUGAAAUGAAAUCAAUUACCUCAAAUGAAGAAACUCCAAAAUCCACCAAGAUCAAUAUUGAUGACAACGAUGACAAUCCAUAUCCAGCGAAUGACUUCCCAGGAGAGGAUGAUGAUGAUGAGGAGCCAGACAUGCCAGUGGGUCCGAGGCCAAGGCCGCUUUCAGACAUACACCUGAAGGAGAAAGCUAUUCCUAUGCCUGAAGCUAGAGCCUUCUUCAUCUUCAGUCAUACAAACAAGUUUCGAGUUUUGUGUCAUAGGAUCGUCAACCACAACAUCUUCACCAAUCUUAUCCUCUUCUUUAUUCUGCUGAGUAGUAUUUCUCUGGCUGCAGAGGACCCAGUAAAAAGUGACUCAUUCAGGAAUCAGAUUCUAGGUUAUGCAGAUCAUGUUUUCACGGGUCUCUUCACCAUAGAGAUCAUUUUAAAGAUGACAGCAUACGGAGCAUUCCUCCAUAAGGGUUCUUUCUGUCGUAACUACUUCAACAUUCUGGAUCUGGUGGUGGUCAGUGUCUCUCUCAUCUCUUCUGGGAUUCAGUCGAGUGCCAUUAACGUUGUGAAGAUUUUGAGAGUUCUUAGAGUCCUCAGGCCCCUGAGAGCCAUUAACAGAGCCAAGGGUCUCAAACAUGUAGUGCAGUGUGUAUUUGUAGCAAUCCGCACCAUCGGGAAUAUUGUUAUUGUCACCAGUCUGCUGCAGUUUAUGUUCGCUUGCAUUGGAGUGCAACUCUUUAAGGGCAAGUUCUACUAUUGCACAGACUCUUCUAAGCAGACCCAGACAGAAUGCAGGGGGACUUAUAUUCUGUAUAAAGAUGGUAAUGUUGGGAAGCCGGAAAGAGCUGUUCGUAACUGGGACAACAGUGACUUCAACUUUGAUGAUGUUCUUCAAGGCAUGAUGGCCUUGUUUGCUGUGUCCACUUUUGAAGGAUGGCCUGGCCUCCUGUACAGAGCCAUAGACUCCCAUGCAGAAGAUGCUGGCCCCAUCUACAACUACCGUGUGGUCAUCUCUGUCUUCUUUAUCAUCUAUAUCAUCAUCAUCGCCUUCUUCAUGAUGAACAUCUUUGUCGGUUUUGUCAUUGUUACAUUCCAGGAGCAAGGAGAGCAGGAGUACAAGAACUGCGAGCUGGACAAGAACCAGCGGCAGUGUGUGGAGUAUGCUCUAAAGGCACGGCCUCUACGCAGGUACAUUCCAAAGAAUCCAUACCAGUAUAAGGUGUGGUAUGUGGUCAACUCCACCUACUUUGAGUAUCUGAUGUUCACUCUAAUCCUACUCAACACCAUCUGCUUGGCAAUGCAGCACCAUGGUCAGUCACCAUCCUUCCACAGUGCCAUGAACAUCCUCAACAUGCUCUUCACUGGUCUGUUCACUGUGGAGAUGAUCCUCAAACUUAUAGCCUUCAAACCCAGGGGUUACUUUAGUGAUCCUUGGAAUGUUUUUGACUUCCUCAUCGUAAUUGGCAGCAUUAUAGACGUCAUUCUGAGUGAAAUAAAUCCAGCUGACCCUUCUUCCUCUACUCCUUCCUCUGUGGUAAGACCAAUGGGGUCCCAGAAUACAGAAGAUAAUGCCAGGAUUUCCAUUACCUUCUUUCGACUCUUUCGAGUUAUGAGACUGGUAAAGCUGCUUUCACGUGGAGAGGGAAUUCGGACCUUGCUGUGGACCUUUAUCAAAUCUUUCCAAGCACUUCCUUAUGUAGCAUUGCUCAUAGUAAUGCUUUUCUUCAUCUACGCUGUUAUUGGAAUGCAGAUGUUUGGUAAAAUAGCACUGAGAGACAAUAGCCAGAUCAACCGAAACAACAAUUUUCAGACGUUUCCGCAGGCUGUGCUGCUGCUUUUCAGAUGUGCAACAGGUGAGGCCUGGCAGGAGAUAAUGCUGGCUUGCUCCCCUAACCGCCCAUGUGAAAAGGGUUCUGAAGAGGCCCCUACCAGUGAGGAGUGUGGCAGUCAUUUUGCCAUCAUUUACUUUGUCAGUUUCUACAUGCUCUGUGCCUUUCUGAUUAUCAACCUGUUUGUGGCUGUUAUAAUGGACAACUUUGACUACCUGACACGGGAUUGGUCCAUACUAGGACCACAUCAUCUCGAUGAGUUCAAGAGGAUAUGGGCAGAGUAUGACCCUGAGGCAAAGGGAAGGAUUAAGCAUCUGGAUGUGGUGACAUUGCUUAGAAGAAUUCAGCCACCCCUGGGGUUUGGCAAACUCUGUCCCCACAGGGUGGCCUGCAAGCGACUGGUAUCCAUGAACAUGCCUCUGAACAGUGACGGCACAGUAAUGUUUAAUGCUACUCUGUUUGCCCUCGUGCGCACCGCCCUUCGCAUUAAAACUGAAGGUAAUCUGGAGCAGGCAAAUGAAGAACUGAGGGCAAUAAUAAAAAAAAUCUGGAAGAGGACCAGUAUGAAGUUGCUGGACCAGGUUGUGCCCCCAGCAGGAGAUGAUGAGGUGACGGUUGGGAAGUUCUAUGCCACAUUCCUCAUCCAGGAAUACUUCAGGAAGUUCAAAAAGCGGAAAGAGCAGGGUUUAGUGGCUAAAGUGCCUCCAAAAACAGCUCUCUCUCUGCAGGCUGGUCUGCGCACACUGCAUGAAAUGGGUCCAGAAAUCCGGAGGGCAAUAUCAGGAGACCUCACUGCAGAGGAAGAGCUGGAGAAGGCCAUGAAGGAAACAGUGUGUACUGCAUCUGAAGAUGAUCUCUUCAGGGUGAAGCGAUCAGAUGGUUUCUUUAGAAACCACAUGAACUAUUAUCAUCAGAGUGAUGACUGCACUGAUUUCCCCCCAUCCUUCACCACUCAGCGGCCACUGCACAUCAGCAAGUCAGGCAGCCCUGGAGAGGGCAAGUCACCGUCUCGUGAGAAACUGGUGGACUCCACCUUCACACCAAGCAGCUAUUCCUCCUCAGGUUCCAAUGCCAACAUCAACAAUGCCAACAACACAUCCAUCAGCCACUGCUACCCGUCCAUUAGCACAGUGGAUGGGCACACCAGGCCCCUGCUCAUACCUGUACUACUCCCGUGCUCUUCAUGGUCCUUCCCUAAUAAAAGCUCAGACUCGGGUGAAUGUCAUUACCCAGUAAUUUCCCCAGGAGAGGCAGCUAAAGAUGAAAUACAUGACAAGAUGGUUACAGAGAAUGAAUGCCAACAUGAACAGGACAUGCUCCCCACUAAAAUGUUGGUGCUGCAGAAUGACGAGUGUAAGCAGUUAGCUGUGGUGGAAGAGACAGACGGGGGUGGGGACAGAAGACCAUGGCAGUUUCCCCAACAAACUGUUCUCUGUCCAACUGCACUAAGUCGACGAUCUUCCUUUCAUCUAGAGUGUCUGGGCAGACAGAGCAGAACUGAAACUUCACAUAAGACAGCUUUGCCUCAGCACUUUGUCCAGCAUCAGGUGAAACACAUACCAAAAGUGUUGAUAUCAGAACAGUUGGACCACUACUCACAGGACCCCUCAUUCGUCAAGGUGGCCAAGCAGGAGCUGGCUGCUACACAUGACAUGACCAUGGAGGCGAUGGAAACUGUAUCAGAAAGCGUACUCAAUGCCAAUGGGCCUCACAGCCCAAACAGCAACCUCCUGCCCAAUAUGCACUGCAGCAAUGGAGUGAGAACCAGCCAGGGACAAAAUAGAGCCUGGGAAAUAAAGGUUCUUGAGAAGGGAGUUGGAGGACUGCAGGUUGCUGAGCAAGAUCAACUGAACAGUAAGCUACUAGUUGAUGAAGACAUGGAGUGUGUGACAAGCUUGUAGGGAGAACUUCAGCACAGAAGACCUUUGUUUCACCGGACUGUCAUCCUGUCAAGAGUUCCCCUGCUCUGUCUGAGAAUACUAGAGCAUCUCUUAAGCCAGAAAUGUAUCUUUAAACCCAUAGUUAUUAUAGGAGUAUAAUGCAAUUUGACUUAGCUUAAAUGAAAGCUUUUCUUUCUUUCUUUCUUUCUUUCUUUUUUUUUCUUUCUUUCUUUCUUUCUGUGUGAAUGGCUGUGAGCAAAUUUGUCUAGUAUGUGAAUGUGUGAGUGAGAAGGAAAAAUGUGUCUAUAAAAAAGUGCCUCACAGUUCUUAGAACCUUGACUGAGUAAUGAUGCAAGACAAAAAGAAAAAAGACUUUAAAAACAGGAAAAGCAGAGCUCUGCUUGUCAUACAUCUUUUUCACUUUGUCAUUAGGGAAUGAUCAGCAGCGAAAGGUCAUUUGCAAAGUUAAGUUUAGGCUGGUGUGUCUCCAGCUUGUAUACAAAAUGGGGCCAGAUGCAGCUUUUGCUCUGUUUCCCCCUUCUUGCUUGUGUUUUUUUCAGUGGACAAUGCCAUCAAACAAAGAGGCAGUACAGUGGCAGGCUCUAGCCAGGCCCCUCCACCAGGCUCACAUACAGUUUAAAUAGUAAUUACACUUUGGAUUCUUGUUAGUCCCUGCCCUCUCUGCAGGUUUGUGCUUUAGGGGCUCAGUCGCUAGUGUGUGGGGUAUGGGGGAAUUCGAGGUAGGAUUUGUUAGCAGUGUGCAAUCACAUGGUUAAAACUUUAUGCUAAUAAUGGAAACUGACCGAAGAGAUAGCAACGUGUGACAGAGUCUUUUGCGAUAGAGAGAUCAUUUGAAGUGGAAGACUUUUCACCAGAAUCACCCUUAUGUGAUAAUAAUAAUAAUUAGCUGGAUAAGCAAACAGUCGGCUCAGAGCCUCAUCAGUUUGAGCCUCUGGCUAAGGGAGCAUAUGCAACUCCUGGAAAUUUAUAUGGAGAUUGAAGAGAGACUCAGUCAGUGAAUGAUACAAACCAUGUGUUGUCCUUAGCUUAGGGGUUUAUAUAGUAAAGAAACAGCCCAUUAAUAACUGUUUAUAGAGUUUAUUACAAUUUCUAUAAAAGUUACAGUAAUAAGUGACGUCAGUAGAGUAAUAGUGUAGAUAGCAACAUCUUUUUGCUCAUUAGCAGUCUAACACUGAUAUGUAUAGUUAUGGGACGAUUAACAAUUCAUUGAUGAAUAUCAAAAUAUUGUUGUCCCAAUUUAUUAUAUUAUUAUUCAUAACACCACAAAGUCAACCUCACAACUUUCACACUGCUCUUACUCUCUAUGUAUACUUGUGGCUGUUAUAUUAACUGUUUGCCGAGGGAAGAUGGAAAAUUUGCAGGGAAAUCCUCCAAGUUAGCCAGAGCCUUCACAAGUAAUAGUUUUCAUCUCGCAGCAGGAUUACAUGGACAGAAUUGGAUGGAAACUCUUCCCUUCCUAUAUUCAUAAAAUCAUCAUUGUGUACAGUACAAUUAUAGUAAAUCAUUUAUAAUCAUCAUCCAAACUCCUUGACUGCUCUAGUAGCUUAGUGUGGUGAAGCAAGUCAUCACCACAGGGCAGUAACACUGCGUGACUAAUGUACAUAAUGUGACAUGUCUCUAUACUUGGGUGCCAUGACACAUUCGUGCAUAUAGCAGAGAGUCGAACUACUACACUUUCUCCCCAUUUUUUAACAGUUUAGAUGAAUGUAUUUUCAACAAGAUUGGGGUUAUUUUCUUAUAAAGAAAAUAAGAAUGGGGUUAUAUUCUUAUAAAGCAAUUAAUUUCAGUUUUUAACUAAAAAUAAAUUGUGGUGUAAUUACUCUUUAAAGUGUUUUUGUGUGAGCUCAAGGAGGAGGCGCAUGAAGCAGAGAGAUUUUAAAGUACAGAAAAAAAUUGUACAGCCAUUGCAAGUCUCCUGUUUUCUCCAGGCUGUCCUCCUCUGUUUAACUAAUUGUCAGGAGGCAGUUUGUAUCCAAAUCCACCAUUUAUCUCAAUUUAUCUUACAGUUUAUACUUUUCAUUUUCCAUGGGCAUUGCAUUUUAUUAUUCUUUGUGGGCCCCUUGUCAUUUUGAUUUGUGGACCAUGUUCUUUCAAGCUUACUCUCUAGUAUGUGAGAUAGUAGAAGGAAUUUGUGGUUAAUCCUCUGUUUUCUCCUUACAGCUCUUCUCUAUAUCUCUGUCGAUUAUGCAGUGGAAUGGAUUUCACAUAACUUUAGAAGGUUCAGGUCUGAAAUACAUUUUGUCCAUGCAUGCUAUAUUCGAUAAUGGUAUUUUAAUAAUGUUAUAUUUUCUUGAACUUGUGUUGUAUUUUUGUAAUGUAAUUUAUCCUGCUUUUAAGAGAACACAACCAGUGCCCACUCUGCUAUCCCCUGUUUUUACUAAGGUGAAUAAGAUAUGUAGUACCCUGCCUAAGGCCAACACAUUAAAUGUAUUUAUUUAUUUAUUUUUCCUAGAGAUGGUGUGUGCUCAUUGGGGAAGCACUGUGUUGUUGUGUUUUGUUAAUCAUUAUCAUAGAAGAUGUGUGCUAAGGAAUGAUAGCCCACCUAGACAAUAGUAUCAAAGGCAAAUAUGCGAAGAUGCAAAGGCUUUUGUUUUUAUUGCUGCUCCUUGCUGGUUGAUAGAUAGUCUGAAGAUACUACUUAAGUACCCAGAUGGCACAAACUGCCAAAAUUGUUAUUUGAUAUAGUGUGACUUUCAAAGUCAAACUGUUAUUGCAGUUACUUUUAGACUAUUUAAAAAGCCUCUCCCAAAGCCAGGGAGAAAACUGCUAAACUAAUCAUGACAAUAAUGGUGCACUUUGAGGAGAGACAGGAGAAACAAAUGUAUUUAUUCAGGGACUCAUGGGUAGCCUAUCAUUUAAGAUACUCUUUCCAGCAUAGUUUAAACAACAGGGCUAAGUAUAUCAUUAAAGCCACUAUUAUUAUUAUUAUUAUUAUUAUUAUUAUUAUUAUUAUUAUUAUUAAAUCAUUGUUGUUGGUGGUGGUGGUGUUACUAUUGUUAAUGUUGUCUAAAAUAAUUUCACUUGGUUUUUAGCAGUGUAUUCAGUCACAUUAACAAAGAAAGAAUUGGUGAUUUAUUAUGCAAAUAAGGUGUUCAAAUGUUCUAGGUAAUAUUGUUAUAAGAAGAUAAUAUGAUGCCAGAGUGACUUAUAUGCUUAUUAACAUUUUGAUGAUUAUGAAAUUAUAACAUACUUAGUACGGCCUUUGUUAUUCCAUACAUAUCACACUGGAUAAAAAAAAUUGUUUCAUAUAAGACCUCUGAAAUUUAAACUCUGAAUUAAACAUUUAGUUUAUUUCCAAUAUUCUGUGUUCUAAAGCUCCACUUUGGCAACACUGUAUGUCUGUUUAUAGCAUUUUUAUAGUGUUUUUUUACAGCUGUUGUGGAUGAAUGUACUCCUCUCCACUGUAAGGAAAUGUUUAUGGUAAAAUCCUGAUAAACACGUA